CACACACGCACACACACUGUAGAAAAAGGAAACGUCCCAUUAUUGUUUUUUAUUCACCUCACAAACAAACACAACUUUCUCUGGACAGACCGUAUUGCGCGCCGUCACGGACAUUUAGCGGCCAUUACCCCGAAUAAAGGCGGCUGCUCCCUUCGUCACGCGUCUGUUAUUGUUCGCGGCGGCUGAGGAAAAGUGUCUGUUGACAACUGACUCAUUAUUUCCAACAUCUGCUGACACGGCCACCUGAAAUGAGCUGAGGACAGCGACAAGGAAGGAUCCCGCUCUGCUGACCGGUGAUGAGCGCUGAGGAGCUGUAGCUGAAAGUCGGAGGCAUCAUGGAGGACGACUGCAAGCCUCUGCUGAGCCCAGAACAAACUGUAGAGAGCCAAUCAUAUGGAGGCUCCACGGACUCUCUGGACGUCAAGGUUAAAAGGCCUUUCCACGUCGAGCCCAGAAACAUCGUAGACCAUGACCCACAGGAGAGAGUGUCGGCUGAGGCCGCCAUCCUCAACAGUAGAGUCCAUUACUACGGACGACUGACGGCCUCCUCUGACAGACUGCUGAGUCCUCCGAACCAUGUAAUCCCUCAUCCCGAGGAGAUCUACGUCUACAGCCCGCUGGGGACGGCCUUCAAGGUGACGGGAAGUGACCACUCCUCCAAGAACCCCAGCAUCGUCACUAUAUUUGCGAUAUGGAACACGAUGAUGGGCACGUCUAUACUCAGCAUACCCUGGGGUAUAAAGCAGGCUGGCUUCACUCUUGGCAUCCUCAUCCUCAUCCUCAUCGGUUUGCUGAUGCUCUACUGUUGUUACAUCGUCCUCAAAUCUCCGAAAGCCAUACCCUACGUGGACACGUCCCACUGGGAAUUCCCGGACGUCUGUCGGUACUACUUUGGAGCGUUCGGCCAAUGGUCCAGUUUGGUGUUUUCCAUGGUGUCCCUUAUUGGAGCCAUGGUGGUUUACUGGGUCCUCAUGUCCAACUUCCUCUACAACACAGGACAGUUCAUCUACAACUACGCUCACAAUGUCAACGCGUCAGAUUCAGAGUUUGGAACCAACGGCUCAGAAAGAGUCAUCUGUCCGUUCCCAAACACGGGGCCUGGAGGGAACAGCACCAUGGCCUCUCUAUUCAUCAACAGCAGCAGCAGUGGAAACGAAACGUCCGACUUCACCUCCUUUGAACACUGGUGGAGCAAAACCAACACCAUCCCCCUCUACCUCAUCGUCCUGCUGCUGCCGCUGCUCUGCUUCCGCUCCGCCUCCUUCUUUGCAAGGUUCACCUUCCUGGGAACCAUAUCAGUCAUGUACCUGAUCGCUCUCGUCACCAUCAAAUCCGUUCGCCUCGGCUUCCAUCUGGAGUUCCACUGGUUCGAAACGACCGGGUUCUAUGUUCCAGAGUUCAGGGUAUGCUUCCCUCAGCUCACUGGUGUCCUCACUCUGGCCUUUUUCAUCCACAACUGCAUCAUCACAUUGAUGAAGAGCAACAAGAACCAGGAGAACAAUGUGCGUGAUCUGUCUGUGGCGUAUCUUCUCGUCGGGUUGACCUAUCUCUAUGUGGGAGUCCUCAUCUUCGCCUCCUUCCCUUCACCUCCUCUCUUCAAAGACUGCAUCGAGCCAAAUUUUCUGGAUAAUUACCCGAGCAGCGACGUGAUGGUGUUUGUAGCCCGGAUGUUCCUGCUCUUCCAGAUGAUCACAGUUUACCCUCUGCUGGGAUACUUGGUGCGGGUCCAGGUGAUGGGUCAGAUCUUUGGCAAACAUUACCCCAGUUUCUUCCACAUUCUGGCUCUGAACAUCUUAAUAGUUGGUUCUGGCGUCCUGAUGGCAAAGUUCUAUCCUAAUAUUGGAUCAAUCAUACGGUUUUCAGGAGCCACAUGUGGCCUGGCUCUGGUGUUUGUCUUUCCCGCUCUGGUGCACAUGAUCUCUCUAAAGCGACGGGGGGCGCUCCGCUGGCCGUCGGCCGUCUUCCACAGCCUCCUCAUCCUGCUGGGUCUGGCCAACAUGGUGGCUCAGUUCUUCAUGUAGAGCGGAGCCAAACGGGAGCAGAGAGACGAGCGGAUGAGGUGCUGGAGGCGUCGGACCAAAGAGACCAGAGAGUGUUGUUUUAAUCACAGGCGGGUUCCCAGCGACCGGCAGCCGUCGUCAGCCAAUCAGAGUGCACGCCUGUGCCUCUGUGAUGUAAGGUUUGGGGAAUGUUUGUGUUUGAGAGGGAAAAAAAAAAAACAGGACGCCAUUGUCUCGGGAUGAUAACGUUAUCUUUUUACUGUCAGGUAUUUCUAUGAGCUCAUCUUCUACUGUUGAUUUUGUGUGUGUGUGCGUGUGUGUGUGCGCGUGUGUGUGUGACAGACUAUUUCUUUUAAACGGUAGAAUUAAAGGUUUGUUUUAAUAAGAGGAACUUUAAACAUGUUUUUAUGAUACAGGUUGAAUAAUGAUAAAAGUUUUGGUGCUCUCUGUCCACUAGAGGUCUCCCCAUACCUUCCGUAUUCCGUGUGCACUUACACUUUCUAAUGACACAUACACACGGCCCGCAGAACUAUUAUACUUUGACGUACAGUAUAUUGUUUGCGUGGUAAAAAACUCUGUAUAUGGGGUCCACAUGUUGGCAGUUAUGAGUGUGUGACUGCGUUUAGACCUCAGCAGAUUCUGUCGCUCUGUCUUCCGUUGAGCGAUGCUAACUCGAUGUGGACGCCUGUGAUUCUUUUUGAACUAAAAUGACGGCUCGUAGCAAUUCCACGUUUUAUAACAGUAUGAAGUCCUACCUUGACGUAUAUGCACAUGUACGUCCGCAUGUGUCCUAGCCGUCAUGCACGGAUGACGACCUCAUUUCUGUAAUUCGGACCUCAGCAGACUCGCAAAUUGUAGAAACUGCGAAUUGGCCAUUAAAGGUCCUGCCUUAAUUUUUGUCUUCCUGUGUCCGCUUAGUGUUAUUUUUGCCUACUUGAUCCAAUCCACUACGGUUCAAUUUGUGUGUCUCCAGUGAAUCCCACACUCCAUACCAAUAGGGAGAUUAUAAGUAUAAAUUUGAAUUAAAAAAUGAAGAGUUGUCGUCUCCUUUUGAGAGCCUCUCCUUACAAAAAAGAAGCACCCAAGCAUGUGUUUUUUAUAGUAUUCGUUGAAUCGUAAAGUGAGCGCCACCUACUGGACUGAACAGUGUUGGAACAGUGGGUUAUUUAGCACCUGGAGCACAGAAUCAACACUAUCACAUAACAAUUACGGCUGCACUUCUGUGCGAACACUUGCAAACCUCGGAGAUUUAAAACAUAUUUAUGAUGCAAGAUGAAUGAAUGGCGGGCUGCAUUUGGCCCCCGGGCCACGAGUUUAAAACCUCAGCCUCGAUCAGAGGAGAUGAAACACAGAGAUAAAAGAGAGGAAAUGAAUCAUGGUAGAAAUAAACAAAGAUUGAUACAUUGAGAUGUUUAUCACGUGAUGACGCGGCGCGUGUUUCACAAGCGAAAGAAUCCGUUACUGCAGGUUUAAGCGUGUUUUUAAUGACUAACUGUGAUGAUGUCAUGUGUUUACGUGUUUGGUUUGGAAGUCGUCCGUGAUGUCGCCUGGUUGUUCAGGAAAAACCUCGGGCUCCAGGUUUUUGAUUUUCAUGUUUGACCGGUUUGUGUCACUCUGUGUGUUGUUGUUGUGUUUUAACAGUAAUAAUAAAGGGAAGUAAAGUCCAGACGAGCUGCAGGAGUCUGAGCUUUCAUUUUAAUCUGC